AUGCAAUUCUCCAAAAUCGCCACCAUUUCUGCCUUAGUCGCUGCUGCUUCUGCCACUGAUAUUCUUAGUGCAUCUCAAGCUCCGGUAGCUGAUGAUGAAGCAACUGUUGUUACCACUCGUGUCACUGUUACUGGUUAUACCACUUACUGCCCAUACCCAACUACUAUUACUAUCACUGUCUGUGAAGAAGAAACUUUCUGUACCGAAUCAGCUAUUGUAGUUGACGAACCAGCAACUAUCACAGUUACUGAACCAUGUGUUAUUCCAACUUCCUAUGCGGAACGAAAAACUAUUGCUCCACAAAAUGUCACCACUUAUGAAGGUGCUGGUUCUAAACAAGUUGCAGGUGCUUUGGCAGGUUUUGCUGCUGUUGCUGCUGUUAUGUUUUAG